GUUAAUGACGUGUAAAGGAUUGGUGGAUGGAAAUCCAAUUGACCAAUAGGGACACAGAGAGGAGCCAUUUAACCCCGCCCAGCAUCGGCCAUGUGACGAUAGUGGAACAGUGGAACAGUUGCUAACGAUCACGUGGGAGAUGACUUGUCCUAUGAGCAUUAGCUGGGCAGGCCGGAAGGGAGGAAGACGAGGCCGGGAUUCACGUGGAAAUCGCCCUGGACCAAUAGAAGCGUGUAGAGGGCUCUGAACCUGGAGCAAAAGAGUUGCGUAUGUCACGUGGUUCUGUCUUGAACCAAUGGAAGCAUAGGAUGCUGCUACGGUGGGCGUGACCUGAGCAACCGCAAGGGGGGGUGGAGCUAUCAGUGACAGCUGGAAACGGAAGCGCUGGCGAUGGCGGACGAGAUUCUUUUCCAGCUCUUGCACACUGAAGUGGUAGCGGCCGCGUAUGGCGGGGGCCGCGGCUCGGGAGACGAGGGACAGAGGACAGGCCUGACAGUCCUAGAGGGCAUGGGCUUCCGCGUGGGCCAGGGCCUGGCUGAGAGGCUGCCCCGAGGGGCCCUGGCCUUCAGGGAGGAGCUAGAUACCAUCAAAUUCCUUUGCCGGGACCUGUGGGGGGCCGUGUUCCGGAAGCAGACGGACAACCUCCGGACCAACCACCAGGGGACCUAUGUCUUGCAGGACAACAACUUUCCCCUGCUCACGCAGAUGGCCUGGGGCCAGCAGUAUUUGGAAGAAACACCCAAGUUUCUCGCCUUCACCUGUGGCCUUCUUCGGGGUACCCUCAGCGCCCUGGGCAUCGAGAGCUCCGUCACGGCCAGCGUGGCCUCCCUGCCUGCCUGUAAGUUCCAGGUGGUGAUUCAGAAGGCUUGAAAGGCCCCAGGCCCGAGCAUCGGCCCUUCCCCACCUGCCGAGGCAGGUUCUGGGUCCCGGCUCAGGGCCGGAAGAGCGGGGUUAGGGUUAGCGGGAGUCACCCCGUCUUCAGUGCUUCCUGUUUCAAAUAGAGAGUUUACAGGGCUUUCCCUGGAUGCACAACAGCUCUGGAAAUCAGUUAGGCAAAUGCACUUCUCCCCAUUAUACGGAGAAAAAACCGAGGCUAAUGGAAGGGGAAGGGUUCUGCUGCCAGGAAAUGUCGCGGGUCAGAGCCAGGGAAGAAGACGGUGAAAGGGGGAGAGCUGGGCGCAGUCUUGAGGAGGUUGGGGGGGGCUCGAGGCCUCCGUCGCAGCCUGCGUCCCUCCCAAGUGGGCCUCCACAAGGAGGUCGGGGCCUUCCUGCCUCCUGGAGCGGCCCAGCUGUCGGAGAGUCGGUUUUUAGGAUCUCCUCCUUCGGGGACCAAGUGGAACAGCUCCGCGUGAGCCGGGGUGUGAUCUGCGGCCUCUGCCCCCUUCUGAGGGAGGGGGCAACGGCCUCCCCCAGCGAAUAAAGCCAGAGCUUCGGCCUGCCUCGGGA